AUGUCUCUUCAUAUUGCUAGUGGAUCCAGGCAGGUUUCCUCAUUUGGUGGAGGUGGUGGAUCAGUCAGAGUAUCCAGCAUAGGAAGAAGCUUUGGUAGUGGGAGUGUAUGUGGUUUGGCUGGGGGAUCCGGCUAUAGUGGUGGUUUUGGUAACGUAUCAGUUGGAGGAGGCUAUGGAGAUGCCUACCGCAGUAGCUCAUUUGGGGGCUUGGAUAGUGGCUAUGGUGGAGGCUUUAGUGGCGCUGAUGGCAGCCUUCUGUCUGGUGGCGAAAAGGGAACCAUGCAGAACCUUAAUGACCGCCUCGCUAAAUACCUGGAUAAGGUGCGUACUCUGGAGGAGGCAAAUGCUGAUCUUGAACAUAAAAUCCGGCAGUGGUAUGAGAAACAUGAUCCUGCUGCUGCUGGGUUACGCCAUGACUACAGCAAAUAUUACCAGAUAAUUGAAGAUCUUAAGAAUCAGAUCAUCUCUGCAACUAUUGACAAUGCCAAGGUAGUCUUGCAGAUUGACAAUGCCAAGCUUGCUGCUGAUGACUUCAGACUUAAGUAUGAAAAUGAGCUGUUCCUUCACCAAAGUAUUGAAGCUGACAUUAAUGGUCUGCAUAGAGUCCUACAUGACCUGACUAUGACAAGAUCCACCCUGGAAGCACAGCUUGAAAGCCUGACUGAGGAGCUAGUGUAUCUUAAGAAGAACCAUGAGGAAGAAAUGAAAAGCCUUCAGCGUGGCUCUGCGGGUGAAGUGAAUGUAGAAAUUAAUUCUACUCCAGGAGUUGAUCUAACAAAACUUCUGAAUGAGAUGAGAGCUCAGUAUGAAUACCUUGCUGAGCAAAAUCGUAGGGAGGCCGAAGAACAAUUUAAUAAAAUGAGUCAACAGCUGCAGCAACAAAUUUCUGAUGAUGCUGGUGCAGCAGACUCAGCCAGGCAUGAAAUAACUGAGAUCAAACGUACUCUUCAAACCCUGGACACCGAGCUACAAACCCUUCUGGCCAAGAAAUGCUCCCUUGAAGGCACCUUGUCAGAAACUGAAGGAAACUACAGUGCUCAUCUUUCACAAAUACAGCUUCAGAUUAGCAAUCUGGAGGAACAAUUAAAGCAGAUCAGAUCUGAAAUGGAAUGCCAGAAUGCAGAAUAUGAACAGCUCCUGGGCAUCAAGACACAUCUAGAGAUGGAGAUUGAGACCUAUAGGCGACUGCUAAAUGGAGAAGGAGGGUAA